ACCUGUCUACGCACGCCAUUCCUCCGUUCUCCUUGAUAUACAUAAAACAUUCAUCCAAUUUCCAAACCAUUCAAGUGUCUAACUUCCUCUUCUUCUUCCCAUAAGAUAUCCCUUUUGCAACGAUUAUUCCAUUGAAUUUUGUAUUACUAUAGUUUCUGCAACAGCUUAAAGAUUGUUGUGAGUUGUGACAUCCUCUAGAAUAUUACUUUUUGUAUUCUUUACUACAGCUAUAGCCAUGGCCUCCCUUAACCUAAGUGAGUAUGAGAAGUUUUCAGCUCCACCACCGCAGUUCGGCCAAGCUGCCACCACCGGUAUUCCAGUCAGCUCCUCGAACCAAUUCUACACCGAGAGUUCUCAUAGCAACACCCGUAUUCAGACUAAAACUAGAGUCCCUUGGUCCUCGGGGCUCUGUGACUGCUUCUCUGACUGGAAAAAUUGUUGCAUAACAUGUUGGUGUCCGUGCGUCACCUUUGGCCAGAUUGCCGAGAUCGUUGAUAAAGGAUCUUCAUCUUGCGGUGUAAAUGGAGCACUUUACACGCUAAUCGCCUGCGUGACUGGGUGUGCUUGUUGCUACUCAUGCUUUUACCGCUCCAAAAUGAGGCAGCAGCACAUGCUGAAGAAAAGCCCAUGCGGGGAUUGCCUUGUCCACUGCUUCUGUGAGUAUUGCGCCUUGUGCCAAGAGUACCGUGAGCUAAAAACCCGCGGUUAUGACUUAUCCAUAGGGUGGCAUGGAAAUAUGGAAAAGCAGAAUCGUGAAGUGGCUAUGACUCCAGUGCCGCCGGUGGUGGAAUCAGGCAUGAGCAGAUGAAGUAAUAUCUGAGUGCCGAAUAGCCGACCGCUAUAUAUAUAGGAUCAGAAAUCAUAAGUCAUGUAAUUAUGUAUCAUGUCUUGGAAAUCAUAACUGUCAUGUAAUUACAUAUUAUGUCUUGGAUUUUUCUUGUGCUUCUGAACAAGCUAUUACUGUUAUGAUUUUAAGGUUUUUCCGAGUUCUAUCAAUGAUUGUGUUUGCAUAAGUCAUAUUCUAAAAAGUCU